GGCAGGGCAGGGCUGGCCGAGCGCUCAUAAGGCGUCCCUUGCGCCUUGCUGGCGACCUAGCCCGGCGACCAUGGCGUUGGGGCUGCUGGCCCUCUUGGCCUUGGGGGUCUUGGGCCUGAUCCUGCUGCUGCGAUUUGCGCUGCGCGCCGACGGCGACCUGACCCUCCUGUGGAGCGAAUGGCGCGGCAAGAGGCCCGAAAAGCAACUUUCUGGGAAAGUGGUCUGGAUCACGGGAGCCUCCAGCGGGAUCGGUGAAGAAAUGGCCUACCAGCUGGCAAGGAUCGGCUCUCUGCUCGUGCUCUCGGCAAGACGGGAGAACGAACUGGAGAGGGUGAAAAAGCAGUGUCUAGAGAUCAGUCGGCUGAGUGACAAAGAUAUCCUCAUUGUGCCGUUAGAUUUGAUCCAGAGAGGUACCCACGAACCGGCAACGAACACCGUCCUUAAGCAUUUUGGAAGGAUCGAUGUCCUGGUUAACAACGGGGGCCGAUCCCAGCGUUCGCUGUUUGUCGACACCAGCAUCGACGUCUACAACGCCAUUAUGGAGCUCAACUACCUCGGCACCAUCUCCUUGACAAAACAUGUCCUGAAUCACAUGAUUGAGAGGAGACAAGGGAAGGUGGUCACCAUAAGCAGCGUGAUGGGAAUCAUGGGAGCUCCCUUGGCCACUGGCUAUUGUGCUAGCAAGCAUGCCCUGCAAGGCUUCUUCAACUCUCUCCGGCCCGAACUUACCGACUAUCCCGAAAUAAGCAUCAUCAACAUUUGCCCGGGGCCUGUCCAGUCGCAGAUAAUCCAGAAUGUAUUUACUGAAGAAGUUGCAAAGGCAAAUGUCAAUGUUGGAGAUCAGUCCCAUAAAAUGACAACCGAACGCUGUGUCCAACUGACGCUGGUUAGCACUGCCAAUGACCUGAAAGAAGCCUGGAUCAGCGACCAACCGUACCUGGCCGUCUGUUACCUGUGGCAAUAUACACCUACCUGGGCUUGGUGGCUGCUGAACCGCGUGGGAAAGAAGAGGAUCCAGAAUUUCAAGAGUGGAGUGGACGCAGAUGUUUCUUACUACAAAAAGAGUUCUUGAGGAGACGCGUUCCUGCUCCUUUGUACCAAUGCCAGCACCGGACAAAGAAAUGACUGACGUCUUCCUCCGCCUCCGUUCUCUCUCUCUCUCUCUCUCUCUCUCUCUCUCUCUUUUUUAAAAAAUGUGUAGCUUUACUUCUGGCUACUAUAUAAUCUGAUCCACGCCCUGCCUGUUUUACUGUAUUCCUUUGAAUAAAUUUCUAUAUAGGAUGCUGUUUGAUACAGUAAUAUGGACAGCCGUAAAUGAUUCCUUUCUUAUAUUCCCGGGCCUCCCCAAAUGCUGUCCUUCCACAGAACAGAUACGUUCUCAAUGAAGACCAGGCUGCUAAGACCACCUUUUUGGGUCUACGGACGCCUCCGGAAUUCCGACACAGGCUGGUGGGACGGCACAAUAGGUGGCACCCAUCACAAAAUCUCAGAGAGAGUAGCCCUUCGACAUUUCAGACAGAAGCUGUGCUUGAACAAGAUGCCUUUUUAAAUGAAAGUGUUGUUUAAAAAUACUUAAAUCUUCAGCCGUGCAACGUAGAUCCUUGUGCGGUGGUUGCUGCCCAAGCAACUGUUUAAAGAUCUGCCCAGAAACUGUUGCAGGGAGCUGAGCUAUCGUACACCUGUCCCUACCUAUGUUCUAAAACACCUGGUGGGUGCCAGAAAAGGUGUCACCUGGUGUGGUGGCUCUCACGGGCACCACCGUUGUGGACUAUUAAAAACCUAUAUCCCUCCCAAGUAAUUUUCUUAAACAGCAAGGCCUUGUGCUACACGCACGCUUUCUGUAUUGUACCUUCUACCUCUGAAAUAUAAUACUAGUAGCUCAGACUGCAAGGAAUGUCUUGACCGUCUAGAGAAGGAAACCGUGCUUCCAAGGUGUUUCAGGUGCUGAAUUAGAUUAGAUGCCUCCAGAGACAUUUCCUAUACUGCGUUCCUCAUAAAGAUGAUAGUAGACCGUGUAUUCCUCCGCUAUAGAACAAAGCAUGCUGGAUCUUCUUUGUUGUAGAAUGCUCUGCCAAGGUCCUAGUGCCUAGCUAGCACUGCUCCCCCCCCAUCCGUGUGAAAGUAAAGAUGCAUCUUGGCAUAAAGGCUCUUGUAUGUUCAAUAAUGAACCAAAUAACGGCAGCACAUAAAAAGGAAUGAUAGUUCUCAUAUUUGUUAGGGACUAUAUUCUAAUGCUGAAGCGUACAACUUUCUCAACCGGUGCACCUCAACUGACCGAAGGAUCGCCUUUCUGUGGAACAGAGCAUAAACAGCCUUUCAUUGCCCAAGAACCUACUCGAGGCUAUUUUCGUAGGUGUAAAAACCUUGUUAGCAACACAAAAUAGAGGGCCCAAGGCAAUUAGCGUAAAUGCAUUAUUUCAAUGGAGCAUCCACAUGCAGGCCUGUCACACGCCUCACAGGAAAUCCUCAUAUUUCAAGCCUUCCUUGUUUCUCUCUUGGAGGGGCUCUUUUUGGAAUGGUUCUUGUAGAAAAACAGUCCUAUGGGGAAAAUGUGGUUGGAAGACGGCUCCUGACCACGUAAAUGUAGGACAGACACCCUCAACUGUGCCUAGAGCUGUGUGGGAUUGAAGCAAAGGUUCCUGCUAAACAAGAUCUUUUACCAAAGAAGUAAUACCACAUUCUCUGCAUUCAAACUGUGCAUUGUAUGAAGUGAACACAGAUGUAUGAUUCCGUGUUUUCAAGGGUUCUUUUUAUGCAAAUAAACUUUACAGUAUAAAUAA